AUGCCCGAGUCCCCACGAGCGCGAGAUGGCGAUCCGCCGUCGCAGGCCAAGAAGCAAAGCCUCGCCAGCCGCCUCCUCGGGAGCCUCGGUCAGGGGCGCAAGGACGCGGCCGGUUCGGGUCUCAACCGCGCAUCCUCGACGGCGAGCCAAUCUCCCAUCCCCCGAAUGAGGGAGUGGCUCGACAGCUGCAACUCGGAGCACGGCAGCCACUGCAGCGGUACCGACCCGCUGCCGACCUGGCGGCCCGUCUUCCUCGUCGACGCCGUCGACGGCUGCCUCGUGCGGGCGAAGCCGAGCGACAGGUACACCGCCCUGAGCUACGUCUGGGGCAUCCCGCCGCAGCGGUACGCCCCGGGCUCCGUCGCCGAGCUCCUCGCGAGCAACGUCGACGCCUUCCUCCAGCAGCUGCCCGACACGGCCGUCCCGAGGACCUUUCUCGACGCCAUCUGGCUCUCCAGGAAGCUCGGCAUCCGCCACAUCUGGAUCGACAGGCUCUGCGUCGUCCAGGACGACGCCGACGCCAAGAUCGACCACGCCCAGCACAUGGCCUACGUCUUCGCCAACGCCUACCUCACCAUCGUCGCCGCCCACGGCGACGUCGCCACCGGCCUCCUGCCGCUGGACCCGCGACGCCCCGUUCGGAACCCCCGCGCCGGCACGAACGAGCACGAUGAGCUCCUGCUCGCCUCCAAGUGGUCCGCCCGGGCUUGGACCCUCCAGGAGCUCCUGUACUCGCGCCGCGCCAUCUUCUUCUUCGAAGACACCAUCACCUGGGAGUGCCACUGCGACGGCUGGCAGGGCCCCGCCGCCGCCGCCGGUGCCAAGGCCCCGCGCGGCAAGCGUGGCGCCUGCGCGAACAGCACCUCGACGGCCCUGCUUGGCUAUCGGCACGCGCCCUGGCCCGAUCUCGACGAGUUCGCCCGCAUCGCCAUCGACUACAGCACGAGGAAGGUGACCUUUGUCGACGAUUCGCUGCCCGCCUUCGAAGGCAUCUCCCGUCUUCUCUCCAACGUCUUCGCCGGCGGCGUCGUCUACGGCAUGCCCCUCGUCUUCCUCGACGCCGCCCUGCUCUGGAAGCCGCAGGCGACGAUCCGGCGGAGGGCCCUUUCGCGUCCGCCCUUCCUGCCGUCCUGGUCCUGGAUGGGCUGGUGGUUCGACGGCGUGCCCGUCGACCUGACGCUCUGGAGGGCCGCCGCCGACUUCGUCGAGGAGACGGUGGCGACGAGACGGGCUUCCAAACGCUUUCAGCCGACCCAUUCCUUCCGCCUCAAACCGACGGUGACCUGGCAUCUCACCGACCGGGCCAACACCGUCGCCGUCGACAACGCCGGUUUUCGGUACCGCGAGCUGAGGUCGCGCAAGAACCUCGACGCGCCCCUGCCGCCCGGCUGGUCUCGUACCGGGUCCGGAUCCCGCUUCAGCCACGACAGCGACGAAUCGACCGUCUUCAAGUACCCCGUUCCCGUCCUCGACCCGCUCGGCAGCGGCGGCUUCGCCCCGGGACAGCCCCCUCGUCCUUUGCCCGGGCCCUUGCUCGCUUUCCGGACGGCCUUUGCCUUUUUCGACGUCGACUACGCCAUCUCCUUGAACCCCAAGGACAAGGCCAACCCGCCCGUCGCCGUCGGCAACAUCUGGAGCCGAAAGGACAAGUGGAUCGGCGAGUUCAGGGCCCACGACGGAUGGCUCGGCGUGCAGUCGUCCAACUACGGAGGGGACGAGAAGCUCGAGUUCAUCGCCAUCUCGACCGCCAGCGAGCGCCGCGGCUCGUACGUCUUCAGCCUCGAAAAGUUUGAGGAAAACAUGAACUCGGAUGAGAAGAUAGACAUUGUGAAUGUCAUGUGGAUCGAGCGCAUCUCCGGCAUAGCCUACCGCCGUGGAAUUGGCCACAUUCUGCACAAGGCCUGGGAUGCGGAAGCGACGGAUGAAGUGGAUAUUUUACUGGGGUAA